GAAAUCUUCUUCUUAUUACGCUUCCCUAGUGUCAAAAGGGAACAAGGAUGACAACCUGUUACCCAUUUCACAGGGUUGUAUUGUCCAAUUCGUUUGAUAUUCUCAAUGUAUGAAUGGCUUCCGCCGAGAAGGCAAUCUUUCAAAGAGAGCCAUUCGAUCAUCUAUCUUAGCCAUUCAUUCAUUCCAUCCUUCUUCUUCCCCAAUCUCGUUUGGAGAACUGAUCAUGAAUGCCUUUAUCCAUACUUUUUCUUCCUAUCACAAGCUUCCAUUCCAAGGUAUAAAGAGAAGUCUUCGUUGCCAGAAAAACCCCAAUAUUGAUAGCAACAACAGUCUUGCUCAUAUCAAGGCAAUUGCUUUUCCUCAUUGGAAAACGAAUAUCUCUUCAUGGUUCCAAGUUUCUUCUGUAGUGGCCUCCUUAUUUGCAUAUUCCAAUCGUUGUCUUGCCACAGAAGGUACAGGAGAACCUCUGGGUGUGGAUGAUCCACGAGUAUUGGUUGUAUUGACCAUCAUUCCUAUCUUGGUGUUUUUGUUAUGGCUACAGUUUAAUGGGCAACAGUCAAACGAUGACUUUAUGGAUACUUAUGACCAAAGGCGUCGUUAAGGGGUCGAUGAAUAUCUCUCUUAUAAAUCAACUUGCAAAAGUCUCUUGUCUUUCCUGACU